CUAUACUCAGAGAAAUAAAAUCGAGAGAAAGAGAUAGCCACCACAAUUGCAAACGCACCUUUUUAUGAUUUGCAGUUCAGGGGUGGUUUUCAUAAAAGUCAGGUAGACUUCAGAUAUAGUUCAAGGAAAGCACUAAAAGGAUGCAAACAUGUGCUUUGCAUACAAGAAGCAGCAUCAGGGAGAUUGGGCAGGGAUUUUGCACAUGAAGAAAAGAGGAAAAGGAGAAGAAAGGAAGAGAAGAUGAGUGGAGAAAGCAUUCACUAUAAUAGACGGAUAGUUUUGAGGAAAGGAAGGAAGGAAGGAAGGAAGGAAGGAAGGAAGGAAGGAAGGGUUUACCUGGUUAAAAAAGGAGAAACUGAACAAGGGAGGAAGAAAUGGGUAAAGAGCAAAAAUAGAUGAAUGCAGGUGAAAGAACUUUGUGUAGUGACUACAACUCUGGGGACCAGGGUUUGAUUCCCAGUUUGGCCAUGAAACCUACUGGGAGGCCUUGGGCAAGUCAUACUCUCUCAGCCUCAGAGGGAGGCAAUGGCAAACCAUCUCUGAACAAAUCUCAACCAGAAAACCCCAUGGUCCCCAUAAAGUUGGCAAUGACUUGAAGACCUACAACAGCAACAAGGAAGGAGAGAUGGGAGGAACAAUUCACUAUACCAGGUCAAUAGUUUUUAUGAAAGAAAAGAAAACCAUUCAAGUGAACAGGGGAGGAAGAAAAUAGUAAAGAGCAGAACUAGAGGAAAGAACUGGGAGGUGGCAAGCCCUGUUUUGCAAGAAGGCAAGAAAGGGAACAGAGACCCCAGUAUCAAAAUUAUAUUUCUGAGUGAGAGGAAGAGGAGAAAGCAUCAGUUUUGGAAGAAGCCAAGGUAGAGGACCAGAGAUCCCAGUGACCAGGUAUAUUUCUGAGCCUGGGAUGUGGAGAAGAAGAGAGAAAGGAUCAGUUUUGCAAGAAGGAAAGAAAGGGAACUGGAGAUCCCUGUGUCCAUCUAUAUUUCUGAGCCUGAGAGGAAGGGCAGAAAGGAUCAGUUUUGCAAGAAGGCAAGGAAGGCCACAGAUCCCUGUGUCCAGGUGUCUUUCUAAGAAAGGGAUCCAGAGAUCUUGGAGUCCAGGUUUCUUUCUGAGGCAGAGAGGGAGGGAGCAGGAGAGAAAGGGCCAUGCUCAUCCUCAGUCUGUACCAAGAUAGGCAAUGCUCUCCUCCUCUGCUCUGCUUCAUCUCCUAAUUCGGUGCAGCAGUGUCUCUCUGCCUCCCUCCUCCUCCUCCACUCCCCCCUCCCUCUCCUCUCACCACGUCAUUCGGGAUCCAGUGACGUAGGGUUCCCCCAAGCCCCCCAAAAGGAGGGGGGAGAGAGCUCUGCAGCCAUGCCCCUCCAUUGAUCUGAACACAUCUUCCCGCCCCACUUUCCUUGGCAUGCCAGUGCCCACACUCCUGACAGCCUAUAAAAGAUGGGAAGCAGGCAGUGGCUCUCCAACAGAUCCACAGGCAGAGAUCCAAGAGAGAGAGAGACAGAGAGAAGAGAGAGACCAGCCCUUAGCCACCUGGGUCUCUGGGAGCCAAGAUGUACCGCUCCACCAAAGGAGCCUCCAAGGCGAGAAGGGACCAGAUCAAUGCGGAGAUCCGGCAUCUCAAGGACCUGUUGCCCAUCGCCGAAGGGGAUAAGCUCCGGCUCUCCUACUUGCACAUCAUGUCCUUGGCGUGCAUCUACACUCGGAAGUCCAUCUUCUUCUCCAAAGGUGCAGGUUUGCAAGGCUUGGAAAGCUUGCUCUCUUCCCAAGACCUGGAGGAUUUCAUGCAGACUCUUCCCGGCUUCCUGCUGGCUUUCACCGGCGAAGGCAAACUCAUCUACGUGUCCGAAAAUGUGGCCGAACACCUGGGGCACUCCAUGGUGGAUCUGGUCGCCCAAGGAGACAGCAUCUACGAUAUCAUUGACCCAGCGGAUCACUUUGUGAUGAGGAACCAGUUGGCGUUGCCUUCCCCAGUCGAUACUGACCGACUCUUCCGCUGCCAUUUCAACACUUCCAAGACGGUUCGGCGCCAAAGCGCAGGCAACAAGCUGGUCCUGAUCCGAGGGAAGUUCCACCAGCCUCCACCUGGUUCUUACUGGUCCACUAACCCUGUCUUCACUGCCUUCUGCACCCCUCUGGACCCCAAACCCAGGAUCGGUCAGAACUCUUUCUUCUUGUCUUCUUUUGAGAGUCGCCACACCAAAGACUUGGCCAUUGUGGAUAUCUCUGAAAGUGUGAUUUUCCACUUGGGUUUUGAGAAGAGUGAGCUCUUUUGCAAGUCGUGGUACAGUCUGAUCCACCCUGAAGAUCUCAGCCAUGCGUCGGCCCAGCAUUACCGGCUGUUGGGCGAUUCGAGUGAGACUCAAGCUGAAAUGGUCAUCCGACUCCAAACCAAAGAUGGCAUAAGUUGGAUAUGGAUCUAUUCGCUGCUCCAUCUGGAGAACACCGAUGUUCCCAUCACUUGCCACAAUUAUAUCAUCAGUGAUUCUGAAGCCUGGUGUCUGAAGCAGCAACUCUCAGCUGAAGAAAACCAGGUGGCUUUUGCCCUCGGAAGCGCGCCUGCCUUCCUGGAAGGCCUCCUCUCUCCAGGGCACCUCUCCAGCCCCGACCAAGUCUUCACGCCUGUGGUUGGCACCCCAACCAGCACCGUCGUUGCCCCGUCCUUUGAAUUCAGUUCUCCCGGUGGCCCCGAUUGCCCCUUGGCUUUCGCGGAGACCUCAGCCGCUGCCGCGGCUGCUCUGCCACAAGAAGGAAUGGAGCCCGGACAUAUCUCCUCCAUGGAGGAGGCCGCUCCGGGUUCCACCCUCAGCCUUCUCAGCAAAGGCCCAAUGUUCAGCUACGUCAUCUUCCCAACUGGCUAUCAGCAGACUUUGAGAAGGGACAAUCGUGGUGGCUCCACGUCCAAAGACUUGGUUUGCACACCUCCCUACACGCCCCAUCAGGGGCCUGCCUUCCUAUUUGGAGCCCAGGAAUCAUAUGCUUCAGGCUCUACCUCCACAGCCGCACCUCCCAUGAUCCCGAACUCUACUGCCGGUGGUCCCAGUGGUCCCGCCACCGUCCCAACCACCACCACUGUCCCCACCACUACCGCCACCGAAACCACCACCUCCGAGCUGUUCUACACCCAAGAACAAUGCAGUGCUCUCUAUGAGAAGUUACCGCCUACACCGGACAGCCCUGGUAAUGGGGACUGUACCGUGAUGACCUUGCCCGAGAUCAGAGGUCCCCUCUAUAUCGACGUGCCCAUGGUGCCGGAGGGGAUCCUGACACCGGAGGCCUCGCCCAUCAAGCAGACCUUCUUCAGAUAUUCUGAAAAAGAGAAGAACGAGAUUGAACUGUUGGCCCAACACAUCAGCAGCCUGGCGGAAGCAUUCAGCUCCGUCGCCAAGGGCAGCCAGGUCACCCUGGACGGCCCCAUUCCGGGCAUCGUGUCCGAACUGGGCCUGGACUUCCAGCCUCUCAAGAACUGGAGGAGCAUUGACUUCUCCUCCUUGCUGGCCUGCCCAGAGGAUGACUUCCUGGAAGACGAUGAUGCCCUGGAGACCCUUCUCCAAGACCUGUCUGCCUCUCUGUUUGAGAAAGGCGGCCCGGGUCUGCGGUGCCCUCACCACCAGUUCUGCGGUGGGAAUGUCAGUAGUCCAAUCGGCUUGGACACCGAAGAUAGUAACCCCGGGGCCUUGGCUCCCUCGCCCAGCAUGGACCUGCCUCCUCCAGAAGAGCAAUGCUUUUUGGAAGAACUGGCCUCCUACGAAACAGCCUUUGAGACACGUGCCUCAAACUCUCCCUGUGACGGGUUAGAUGAGUUGUAUCAACUCCAGAGCCACAUGCAAGACGGCUUCCAUGAAGAUGGAAGCGAAAGUGACCCUUCGUUCUGAAAUAAGUCCGUGACUUACUUCUCUAAGUAUGGCAUAUUGUCAUAUCCCAUGGACCUUUUCCUGCUUGAAAACCCCGGAAAGCCUUCCGAAGACGACGCAAAAGGAUGAUCGUAUUUUUCCCCAGCAUCCGGGGGAAAAGGGGUUUUUCGGUGGGGUAAAAAGAGAGAGACUUUUUUUGUGGGUUGUUUUUUUAAAGAAAAAAUAACAAAAGCAAAAAAAUUAUAUAUAUAUAUAAAUGUUAUUUUGAUUCUGAGACAUCGACGCUAGGCUAGCUGAUCUGAGCUAAGGGAAGGACGGUUGUAAGUGGACUUACACAUCUUACUGUAUUCACUCGUAGUGAAUCAUCUUGUAUGUAAUUUACUAAGAAAUCCGAGGCGGGGGGACCUUGCGCCAAGCUGCUUCCGGGGCCAUUCAACGUAGCGUUGGAGCGAAGCGCCCGCAGAGCCAGUUUGCGCAUUCCCGACGUGUCCCCCGCCUCCCCGAGAAAAGAACGUGUAGGUGGUAAAUAGAACCUACUAUAGUAUGGGCCCAUGGCUGGUGAUUACGAUACUUAAUUUUAAUAUAUAUAUUUUACUCCUUGUGGCUAUUCUCUUGCCAAUUGCGUUUCUGUUCCCAAAAGGAGUCUUCAAGCCCAAACCUUAGCUCUUCCCUUUCCUAAGGGGUUGUCCUUCCUGUUAUUAUUAUUGGCCAAAAUCCUGUCGGAGACGUAGGUCUUUGUAAGCAGGACUUACGUCUUGCGGGGGGUUAGAGUUGGGACGUAAAGGGCUGGCGUUACCUUACUAUGUCGCAGCUAUUUAGCAGAGACUGAUGCACAUUGGGACACUCUUGCCGGUGUCCCAUUGUGCACCUCUGCAAUUUGCUAACAGGGUUUCUUAGCCUGCUCUGCUAUGUAGCUGUGUAGAUGUAUAUACAUGUAAUACGUAAACGACAGAGUAUUCUGGCCAAUAUUAUUAAGAGGUCGCUCUUCUUCUUUCUCAGAACUGCCCUGGGAGAUUGAGCCUGAAAUUCAGGGCAACUUGAGAAGCCAAAAUCCUGUGCCACAAUUCCAUUGUGGGUUGGGUUUUUUUUCCUGGUCACACAACCACUAAUAUGUUUUUCUUGUGCUCACUAGACAUGCAGUCGCUCCUGCAUGCGGUGGCUUGUGCGACAGUUUGGGUAGCCUGUUGCACAACUGUAUUGGAGUCCCUUGUGCAUCUAGGUGUCGGCAAGUGUGCGAUUUGCACUGGUAGAAUGACACCAUCAGAUAUGGGUUGCUGGCUGCAAUCCUAAACCUAACUCUAGGAGAGUAAGCCGCACUGAACUGGAUGGCACUUACUCUUGAGCUGGCAUGCUUAAGAUUGCACUGUUAACUAUUUCUAGUGUCAUUACCACCCAGUUUAACCACUCUUUUUUGCUUGGGAUGAGUGUCAGAACUGACUGAGAGAACAUUUGCAUUUGAACCCAGAGGUGAGGAACCUCAGGCCCUCCAGAUGUUGCUGGGCUCCAAUGUCCAUGAUCCUUCAUAACUAGCAGGUCUCAUGGGAAGCACAGUGCAAUAUUUGGAGGGCCUCACCUUUCUCGAUUUGCAAUGGUUGCAUCAUAUUUGCUAGUAACAGUUGCAACCUUAAAGCAAUGCAGAAGAGCAUAGAAUAAAUGCUACAAUUCCAAGCCUGGAACCCAAACUUCCCCUUAAGCGACAGGUUACGGGGAAGAGCUGUAGCUCAGAAGUAGAGCAUUUGCUUUGCGAAAUGCUGGAGGAACCCUAAAAAACACUGCUGCCAACACUGACCCUAAAUGGACCGACAUUUUGACUUUGUGUCAAGGCAGCUCCCAAUAUCCGCAACAGCAACUGGGUGGUAGUGAUGGGUAUACUGGUCCAAAAUGGUGGUCGGAACAGAACAGUGUCUAUAAGCUAUAAAUACUAAAUACGUUAUCGAGAUUUCCUAUUUUUCAAAAACAUCUAUUCUUUUGUAAGUUUGUGAAAUACUCUGGGAUUGUCUCCUAGUCUUGUGUUCGGAGCCAAAAUGUUGUGCCAGGCCUAUUGCUUGUUCUGCUUUUUCCCCCUUCCUCUGUCGUUUCCGUUCAAACGCAAAUAUUCGUUGAACGGUGUUCAACGUAGAAUUGUCUACGGUUAAAAGUAUCAGGAUUGAAUCCUCCAAUGAUUGUUCUGACUUUGCACUUUUGUCCAAAUGUGGCACACGAAUCGUGUAUAUUUGUAAAAUACAGGUACAUAUAUAUAUAUAUGUAUAUUGUAUAAAUAUAAGAGUGGGUUUGCUUUCUCAUUUUGAAAGGCAAACGCAAACGUCUCUAUUCUUGUACAUCGCCGGAACAGUGUCUUCUCUAUGGAUGCUUGUGUCAUGCGGAGACUUGGCCGUGACUGUGAGCAUAUUUUGGAAUAAAAGUUCAAUU